AUGGCAGACAAUAGCUCUCUACAAUCAAGAUGGUCCACCAAAAAAUGGUUCGGCUUCGACCUCGACAACACCCUCCACACCUUCCGGCACGCCUCGGCACGAGCUUCGACAAGCGUAUUCGAAGCAAUCCGCGCCGAGAUGGGGUCUCGAGUCAAGAUAGCGAGCCUCCGAGCCAGCUACAAGGAAAUCCUGCGGAGCGGCACUGCGCACGCCUUCACCGACGGCCGCAGCUCGGCUGAGUACCGGCGUGAACGUUUUGCGCAGCUUCUACAGACACACCAAAUCGCUUUUGACGAUGCCCAGAUGGAGCAUCUACUCGACAUCUAUCGUGUUUCCUUGCAGGCACACCUGACACUCAAGCCGGGUGCACUCGAUCUCCUACGCGUGCUGCGCGGCCUUGACAAGAAGGUUAUUGUGGUUACCGAGGGUCCUGCCGAUGCGCAGGAGUGGACAGUUCGCGAGCUCGGGCUGUGGCCCUGGAUUGAUGUGUUGGUUACUACUAAUGAGGUCGGGAAGGCCAAGGUGGAUGGAUUGUUUGGGGUUGUGUUGGACAAAUAUCACAUCAAGGCUAAUGAGAUGGUCUAUUUUGGGGACCAUGCGCUGCGCGAUGUACAAGCUGCUGCCGCAGAAGGCAUCCUGGCAGUGCUGUAUGAUGAGACACAAGAAAGUCAGCUGGAUGAUCUCGAGUCUCUACGAGUCGAUUCUUGGGUGACGGUGCAAAAUAUACUCGUUCGAGAGUGA